AUGCACAUUCGUCAACCGGCCGACCACACGAUCAAGCGUCGGCCAGACGAUAAUGCAUCUCAUGUAGAUCCGGAAGAUGUUGGACAACCGACGCCUUCCUUCGAACUCAACAACCAGGGAAGGCGCGACACAUACAAUGUCGCACAGGGCGGCUCGGCGGCAUUCCCGCAUAACCCAGCACUAGAGACAUCGCGCCAUGUUGAGGCUGAUCAAAUGUUUCCUUACGCAUCUCGACCAUCGUCUUAUGAUUUAUGGCCGGCGCAUAAAACCGAUGUGCCCCAACACGACAACGUUGAUCUCGUGUCUCCACUCCUGCACCAUCCUGGCGUUCAACAAGUGCGAUCCAUAGAGACACUGGAUCAGUUCAACGUGCAACUAUGUGGUACAUCCGCCGAGUUGGAUCCCUGGCUCCUGAGGCAUUGUAAGUUUGACGAUGUUGGAAUGCGAUCCCACGGCAGAAUUCGCAUACGCAACGUAGGAGGCGUGCCUAUCGACGAUUUGGUUCCAGUGCACUUUACAGUGGUGGAUGACUCGUUGUACGAAACGAAGGCCUUUCCAUCGGAUCAUAUGAGCUUAUUAGAUCAACGCCGUCAAGAGUUGAACGCAUUGGUCUCCCCAGAAGCGGGCUUGCGGCUUAUUUCUCUAUACUUCACAUUUAUCUUUCCCGAGCUCCCCAUCAUAUCUCGUCAUAGGACUGAUCUUCUCACAUCUGAUCCUGCCGAUGGAUUUGCUGGAUUUCCCGUGGUUUUGCUUGCCGCGAUCUACGCAUCUGCUUUUCCCUUCUGCGUUCACGACUCGUCGCUUCAGCUGUCAACUGCAUUUGAUGAUGCCCCAAUUGACGCGCUUUGGGCCUUGGUGCACAAGCUCAUCACCGAGAAUAUCAACAGACCCAAGCUGGCUGUCGUUCAAGCUGCAGUACUUUUCAUGCACCAGCCGGCGAAGGGAAUCGCAAGAGCUCUGACUGACGGUCCUAUGAUCUGGUCGUUCUGGGCAAGUAUCGUGGGUCUUUCCAACUCUCUAGGUUUGCAUCUUGAGUGUCGGUUGUGGGGGAUUCCGUCCUGGGAGAAACGUCUACGCCGAAGACUUUGGUGGGCUAUCUAUGUUGAGGACACAUGGCGCAGUUUCCUGUCCGGUCGGUCACCUUUCAUAGACAGAAAUGAAUUCGACACGAGCGAGCUCGAUGAGACGGAUUUCAUGCACAGCAUAGUCCCGAUACAAGGCGCCAAUCGGCUGCCCGUCUCGGCGACGAGCAGCAGCCGGGACUACAUCUUCACUGAUCUUGUACGGCUUACGCUGUUGGUAGCCGAGAUCUACCAGACUUUCUAUACGCUAAAAGCAUCGAAGACAUUGGCGUCCGACUUUGUUGCUUCGAUCAACACGGCGAAGCCCAUGCGCCUGAAGCUUCAAUCCUGGUAUUCGAAUCUGCCAGAAGCUUUCCGUAUUGCCAGCCAUGUGAGCACGCAGAAAGAGACCCAGAGAUCUCCUCCCCAACACGGGAUUGCUAUAUUGCAGUUUUGCUACUUAACAGCGCAGGUGCUGCUACAUAGAGCUCUGCUACGAACAAUCGCUCGAUCGCCGCCCCUCGCCAUCAUCACCAGCAGCGACGAAGACGAGGCUGAACAGGACUACUUUCCACUGAUAGAUCAAAUGAGUUGGCAAGAUCUGUUCACAGCCAGCCAGGACUUUGGGCAAUUACCAUCAGCCAGCACGGUCGACUCUGGUGCAGCGCUUGAAGCCACGCUCGACGUUGCAGAGAAAUGUGGGGCUGUCAUCACUCAAUUUGUGAGAGGUCUUGCCCACGAGGACUUUGAUGCAUUUUGGUACGGAUGGAUCCGUCUGUGCAUUGCGGCCGUGUCGAACUUCAUUGUUCUACUGCGAGUCCAAGCACCAAGUGUAGGACGGGCUAUCAAGGCCAGAAGUCUCUGCAAGUUAUGGACGGCAAGCUUGCAACGCCAGCACAAGAACAAUGCUGCAAUCUUUAUACUCGGUCUUGUCAGGCUUGGGUCAUGGUCAUUAGACGAACUGGACACCAUCUUCAAUAUCCCAUCCCACAUCUCUGAGGCAGUCCUUGGCAACGGCGUGUCUUCACGGAACGCACGGGAGUCCUCCAGUUACUACUAA